AUGGCCACCCACUCGCCCGACUUCUCGGAUGACGAAUUCGAAUUUGUCGAGGAGUACUUCUCUCGCACUUACCAACCGCUAUCCAACUUGCCCACACCGCCACCUUCGUCGCACGAGUCGUUGGCUAACCAGAGCCCGGAGGCCCUUCUGGAGGACGGAGGGCUCCUUGACUCGGCUUUGCUGGGCCCAGCUAUCCAUUUGGUCAACCUCAUCCCCCCGGCAGCAUCUCUCACGGCACCAUCUGUUCCCGUCGUCCACGAGAUGCUUGUCCGCGCUGACCUGCCCAUGGACAUUAUUGCCCUGGCCGUGUGCGUUUUGGACUCGCUCAGCUCCAAGUUCUCACUGAACUGGCGACUUCUCUGUCCCCUGGCGCAGCGAGAGCCCACCAAUGAGGUGACGAAGCGACACACGAUUCAGGCCAGCCCCGCGGCCGCAACUCAACUCCAUAUUGACUCUGUCAGCCCAGAGGUGAUUGUCCUAGGAGCGCUCGUCAUUGCCUUCAAGUUCGUGGUCGACUGUCAGGAGCCCACUCGGUACUACCGCGACGUUUGGGGAAGGAACAUGUGGACCAGCGACCAGAUCAAUGUGACGGAAAGGUGCAUUUUGGAAAACCUGGGUUGCCGGAUCCUGCCGCUGUGGGAUUCGGUUCUGAUCGCCGAUGCGACCCGGGACAUGCAGCGCGCUGCAAGGCAGGCGGCGUUUGCGUCACAUCCCAGAAAUGGGGAGGCGCACAAACGCUCCGUGAGCUCGGGCGAGGUCCUCUCGGUUCGCAUCCCGUUGACGCCGGCGGAGACGCCCACGUUGGAGAACGGCCCAACCGUCAGCCCCGUGCGCGAAGCCGCGGACACUGCGUUCUAUGGCGGCGACCUUGCCUCUGUUGACUCCUCAACGUUGAAACUACCUCCACGAACGAAAAGGAAGGCAUCGUCUCCUGUGUCCGGUUGA